AUGAAUUAGAAAUAAGAGAAGAAAAUAGAUGAUAUCACUCUCUAAUGUAAUUAUUAUCCUGAAAUUAGAACUUAGAAGUAUGGCAGAAAAUGGUGCUGGAGAAUCACUUGCAGCUAGUUUAAAUUUAGAUUAAGAAGAUCUUAUUAGUAAAAUUGGUGAUUGAGUUGUAGUUUGGCCUUUAGAGCAAGUACAAAGAAACUUUAAAGAAUUUAUGAGAUCAACUUCAUAAAUAGAAAUUGAAAUGGAGAAUGCUAAGGAAAGAAUAGAUUUUCCAGCUGACAUGGAAUGGCCAACUGAAGAUGAUUUAGAAUAGAUGUUCUAAAAGUCUAUGAGCAAGUAAUCUUUAUUGUAUAAUUUAUGCAGAAUCCAAGGUCGUCAAAAUAAAAAGAAAUGGAAGGAUAAUGAGAAAUAAUUUUUAACAUGGAUUAUUAUUAGAUAUUGUUUAUGGAAAAAUAAAGUAUGUAAAGAGCUUGUAAGUCUUUUAACAUAAAUUUAGAAUGAUUAAGAUUGGAGAUACAUUGCUUAAUUGAUUGUAGGUAGAAAUGCAACUCAAUGUAAAUAUAAAUGGUUGGCUCGAUCUAAAUUUAAACUUGUUUAAGUACCUUGGAGUAAAGAAGAAGAUGAAGCUUUGGCUCAAAUUUAUAUGGAGUAUUAAAAGCAAGGUAAACACAGUAAAUGGAGUGAAAUUGCUAAAGAAAUUGCAUUGAGAUGCAAAACUUAAAUUGUUAGAUAAGGUAAAUAGUGUAGAGAAAGAUGGAUUAAUAAAUUAGAUCCAUAAAUAUCAAAGUAAAAAUUAUUUUUAUAUUUUAGAGGACCAUGGACUAAGGAGGAGGAAUUAACUUUAUUAUAAUUGAUUUUAAAAAAAGGAAAAAAGUGGUCAGAAAUAUCAAAAAUUAUGAAAAAUACACGAACAGAGAAUUCUUUAAAAAAUAGAUAUCAUACUAUUAUGAAAAAAGAAAGAAAUAAAUAACCAGAUGUUAAAGAAGAAAUUUAAUAAGAAAUUGUAGAUUUAUUAUAAUAACAUAAUCAUAACUAUUAAGCUGAUAAUUUAGUACAUUUAUAUGAAGAUAUUGAUCCAAAAGAAUUAAAAAUAAUAUUAUAAGUUAUUGAUAGAUUAAGUGAGAGUACAGGUAAAUAAAUUAGAGUAAGUACAUUAAUUACUGAUUAAUAAAUGUAAUAAGAAUAAUUAUAUGAAAAAUAAUAAAAAGUUAAGUAAGAAAGUUAGAUUGAUUAAAUUCAAUAAAAAAAUGAAGAGGCAAAUAAUAAAUAAAGAUUUCUUGAUACUAUGGAAAAAAUCAAAAUUGAUUUAGAUCAAUAAAUUAAAAAACUAGUUAAUAAAUAAGAAUUGGAUUCAAAUUGUACUAUAAAUCUACUUAAAUAAAUUUUAAAACCAUAAGGUAUCUAUUAUAAUUUAUUCAUUUAGAAAAUGAAACAAAUUAAUUGUAAUUUGAUUAAUAUUACGAUUAAAUGAUACUCAAUUUUUAGGCAAAUUAAGUAGAAUUUGAAGUUGAAGCUAUUACAAACUUAACAGCUUAAGAUGUUGAAGAUUGUUAAUUUGGUAUUGUAGAUUUUGAACAAUCCAACAUUUUUAUGAUUCCUUAAUAGUAUUUGUAAGAAGUUAUAAAUAAAGUUCAUGGUUCUUCAACUUAGGCAUAAGUGUAAUAAUAAUAAUAAAUGUUAUAACAUUAAUAACAAUAAUAAUAAUAAUAACAAUAAUAAUAAUAAUAACAAUAAUCCUAAAUAUAACAAUCAUAAAUUUAAUAAUAAUAGUAAUAAUAAUAAAGAUUAAAUAUUUCAUCAUCACUUAGAUAAUCAAUACCUUAAUCAUAAUAAGCUUAACCUCUUUAAACAUCUUAACUAUUUUUAGGAGAUUAAUUUAAUCUUGUCAAUAGUCAAUAUGAUUUUGAAAAUCAAUAAUAAUACUAAUAAUAAAUUCCUGUUUAAAUUCUCUAUCCAUAGAUCAUUUAUUAACCUAUAGGCUAAUCUAUAAAUCUAUCAUAAGGUCUAUAAUAAAAUUAUUGGAUGUAACAAUCUUAUUAUCAACCUUAAUAUUAUAUGAAAGCAUAAGAAUAGUAAUAUAACAAAUCAAAUCAAGAAGAACCAAAAUGA